AUGGCACCAACAAGAGAUUUUGUAAUUUCUGGCCUUUUUUGUGCUGAAUAUAACAAAAGCAUGCUUGAAAAUGUGUAUGAUGAUAUUCAUACAUUGUUUCAUGGGGAUCAUCAAAACAAUCAGCAAACUAUGCCAUUUCAGAGUGAUGAUUGUGUGACUUUGAUGAUUAAAAAAGAAUGUGAAUAUAUGUGUGCUGAUGAUUAUCUUGAAAAGUUGAAAAAUGGGGAAUUUGAUUUGGGGGAAAGAGAGCAAAUUCUUGAUUGGAUUUGCCAGGUUCAUUCACAUUUCAAAUUUGGACCAUUGUGUCUAUAUUUGUCUGUGAACUAUCUUGAUAGAUUUCUUUCUGUCUUUGAGUUACCUGAGGAAAGAGCAUGGACAAUUCAAUUGUUGGCUAUAGCAUGUGUGUCCAUUGCUGCUAAAUUGGAAGAGGUUGAAGUUCCUCUAUCUGAAGAUUUACAGGGUACACAAUUUGAGUUUGAAGCAAGCACUAUACAAAGAAUGGAGCUUGUUGUGAUGAAAACAUUGAAUUGGAGAAUGCAUGCAGUUACACCAUUCUCAUUCUUUGAUUAUUUUCUUAAGAAGAUUGAUGGUGAUCAAAUUGCUUCAAAAUCUAUAAUGUUUAAAGCUACUAAUCUCAUAAUAGGAACAUUGAAAGGAAUUGACUUCUUGGAAUUCAAGCCUUCUGAGAUUGGAGCAGCUGUGGCAAUUUAUGUUGUGGUGAAAAAUAAGACAGGUGGCAUUGAGGAUGCAAUAUCUACCUUGAUUCAACAAGUAGAAAAGGAUAAAGUAAAGAAGUGUGUUGAUUUGAUCAAAGAAUCAUCUUUGCUAAGUGAUUUUGGUGCCUCAACUCUUAUGGUUCCUCCAAGUCCAACAGGUGUAUGGGAUGUUGCAAGUUCAAGUGACAUGAGUGAUGAUGAUUCAGUUCCAAGUUCCCUAGAUGGAUGAGUGAAAGGAUACGCGUGGUGUCCAGAACAGCUUGCGCAUAGCGCGGUCAAGUAUUUUAUGCGAGUACAUUAGAC